GGCAAGAGGAGUGGUUCGACUUGAAAUAAAAAUGGGGGAAAGAAAAGUAUUAAAUAAAUACUAUCCUCCUGAUUUAGAGAAUUUUAAACUACCCAAGCUAAACCCAAACCGCUGUAAACAGUAUGUCGUUCGAUUAAUGAUACCAUUUACCAUGAGAUGCAAGACAUGUGGUAAUCACAUAUAUCACGGAAAGAAAUUCAACGCGAGGAAGGAGACAGUCGAGGGUGAGAAGUACCUUGGUAUGCCAAUCUUUCGAUUCUACAUACGCUGUCCUGUGUGCCUCUCAGAGAUAUCAUUCAAAACAGAUCCAGAGAAUACUGACUAUGCUGCUGAGGCUGGUGCUUAUAGAACAUUUCAAGCAGAGGCCAUUGCUGUGAGAGAGAUUGAGCGUAAGCAACAAGAGAAAGAAGAAGAGGAGGCCAACAACCCAAUGCUGGCAUUAGAAAACAGGACCAAAGAGUCAAGGAGAGAGAUGGACAUUCUUGACGUGCUUGAAGAGAUAAAGGACAUAAACGCUCAACAAGAAGGAGUCUCAUUUGAACAACUAAUGGAGAAACACCUCGAGAAAGAGAGGGAAGAGUCACAAGAAGAGGAACAGAUUGUUGAUGCACUUGCAAAGGCAGUGUUUCAAGCAGAGAGUAAGAAGAUAAAGAGAAUUGAAGAAGAUAAUGUCACUCAAGAAUACAUGAUCCCAAGCAAGAAGUCACGUCAUGAACACUCAUCAUCAUCAGUAUCAUCAUUGAGAGUGUCUAAAGGUAAACUGGCUAAUAUGGUGAGGAGGAAGGAAACUGUAUCUUCACAGUCAUCAGCUCAACCCACUAGUGAACCACCCCCAUCAGCCACAACCACUUUAAACUCGUUGAGUUUAUUAUCGGCUUAUGAUGAUGAAUCCUCUGAUUCAGAUUAAUAAUUGAUUUUAUUUUAUGUUAAUAUUUUGCACCAGUUUAUGUAAGUACAAAAUAAUAUAGCAUUAGUUAAUAAGUAUGUUAAACUAUA